AAGGUCAAAUGGAGCGUUACGAAUGUUCAUCCCUUACCAUCAAAAGCGAGCAGUGUUGGUAAGCGUAGAGAUCUUUCGAAGAGAUAUGAUUUCUGGCUGGAGGACAGACAGCAUUAGUCAUAAACAUGAGAAUAAAACUGAGCACAAGAAUUUGCCUUGGGUUGAAAAAUACCGGCCUAGCAAAUUGGUUGAUCUUAUCUCUCACGAAGAGAUAAUAGACACAAUUAAUAAAUUCAUACGUGUUAAUCAACUGCCUCACCUAUUAUUCUAUGGGCCACCUGGAACGGGGAAGACUAGUACGAUACUGGCAUGCGCCAAACAGUUGUAUACUCCGGCACAAUUUACCUCGAUGGUUCUAGAAUUGAAUGCAUCCGACGAUCGAGGGAUCGGUAUCGUAAGAGGUCAAAUUUUGAGCUUCGCAAGUACGAGGACAAUUUUUAACGCCGGCUUUAAGUUGAUUAUUUUAGACGAAGCCGACGCCAUGACAAACGAUGCCCAGAAUGCAUUACGAAGAAUAAUUGAAAAAUACACGGACAAUGUGAGGUUUUGCAUUAUUUGCAAUUACCUUAGCAAGAUCAUUCCAGCAUUACAGUCUCGGUGUACUAGGUUUCGAUUUGGUCCACUUUCGCCUACUCAGAUUCUCCCUAGAUUGGAUCACAUUAUACAGAAAGAAAAACUAACCGUGACGGAGGAUGGUAAAAAUGCAUUGAUGACUUUGAGUGGCGGGGAUAUGAGGAAAGUUUUAAAUGUUCUUCAAAGUACAGCUCUUGCCUUUGGCACAGUCAAUGAACACAAUGUUUACACGUGUGUGGGUCACCCGCUUCCAUCUGAUAUAAAAGAGAUACUGAAUUGGCUACUCAAUGAAUCGUUUUUAAUAUCAUAUUGCAAAAUACAAGACAUGAAAAUAAAGAAGGGAUUGGCUCUUCAGGAUAUUCUUACCGAUCUUCAUAAGCUAGUGAACCAAAUUGACUUUCCCGACGCCACGCUUAUUAAACUGAUAAUAAAAAUGGCCGAAAUUGAGAAACGGGUGAUUGCCGGUGCUAGCGAAGAAGUCCAAUUGAACGCACUUGUCAGUACAUUUCAAUGCACCCGAGAUAUCGAGACGCAAUAAAACCGUCAGGAUCAUUCGUGCACUGCAGCCCAGCAUUAUAUGCAAUUUUAUAUGUAUGAAAUAUUGAUAAGAUACAACCAAGGUCACCUUGGUAAUUAAUAAAAUACGUUUUUAUAUCGA